UCGUCGCACACCGGGGUGGGACGAAUCGUCGCUCUCGCGGGGCACGUCCGAUCGACGGGCGGGGGGGCGGCGGAGAGCGCGGCGACCAAGUGACCGUCUCCACGGCAGUCGUGCGUGCGUGCCACGCACCGGUCGUACGAGUGCAGCAAGAUGAAGAUGGCGGACGGACCCACGAUCCUGCGGAGAAACAGGCCCGGGACGAAAGCAGAGGAUUUUUGCAGAUGGCCGGACGAGCCGUUCGAGGAGAUGGACAGCACGCUGGCCGUGCAACAGUACAUCCAGCAGAUGAUCCGGCGGGAUCCGUCUAACAUCGAUUUGAUACUUAACAUGCCGGAGGCAAACGACGAGGGGGUGUGGAAGUACGAGCAUCUCAGGCAGUUCUGCAUGGAGCUGAACGGUCUGGCGGUCAGACUGCAAGAGGAGUGCCAUCCCGAGACCUGCACGCAGAUGACGGCCACGGAACAGUGGAUAUUCCUGUGCGCGGCGCACAAGACUCCCAAGGAGUGCCCCGCGAUUGAUUACACUCGGCACACGUUGGACGGAGCGGCGUGUCUGCUGAACAGCAACAAGUAUUUUCCCAGCAGAAUCAGCAUCAAGGAAUCUUCCGUAGCGAAACUCGGCUCCGUCUGCCGUAGGGUUUACAGAAUCUUCUCUCACGCGUACUUUCAUCACAGGACGAUAUUCGACGAGUUUGAAAACGAGACUUUCCUCUGUCGCAGGUUUACGGCGUUUGUGACGAAAUAUAAUCUGAUGUCAAAAGACAAUUUGAUAGUACCUAUUAUGGAAGGUGAAGGCGCAACGGAGAGCGAAGCAUAGGAUCUAACGUUGCGGUCGUAUUGCCCAAAGUCGAAUUGCCAGAUUUAGUAAGAAAAGAAAAAUGCUAAUAUUCACGCAUUAUUCUGAUAUUUCGUGAUUAAUAUAAUAAAGAUCUUUGAAAGGGGUCAGUAAAUUCGCUCUUCUUUAAAUGACGUGAAUUUGUUAUGGUCUUCUGUCUUUAAUAUAUAAAAAAAAUAUGAAAAUGUGUCACGAGAAGAAUAUUGUAUUUAAAAAUAUGCAUCACAUUAGAGUUUACCUUUUUUGAAUCAUGUUCUAACAUCGUGCAAAUUAUAUGGCGUGAGGUAAAGCGAACAAUUGCUUUCCGCCAACGAACUCGUGGGUCUUUCAUGUCCGUCACCGAUUUCAAUCGUUUCACAUGUGAAAUAAAAACCGGCUGAUGUCGACAAGCCGCGAAAUAUCCCAACUACUAACUUGUUUUUCUUACAAAGAAGCCGCCUACACAUUCGUGCAGGUUUUCGAAAAAUCUUUAACAGUUGAAAUUGCUAGGACACGAGAGACUCGCGAGUUCGGCUGAAGAGUUAAAACUUUCGAAUUUGUAUACAUAAAUUUUCAAGAUACCUGCUUCAUUAGAGCGUAUCUCUCGCCGAAGUAUAUUUCCUUGGUAAUUGUGACAAAUUUCAAAGAUCUCGAAAAAGACAUAUUCUUAUCUUUGCUCAGUACCUUAUUAAACAGAAAUUUUCUUCGAUGAGUGUUUUAUUAAUAGCCGUGCAAUUAUUGCUGUAGAGUAUUUUUUCGUGUUUGACAAGCACAACUCUUGUAUCUAUUCGUUCUUUUAAUGUUUAAGAUCUGUGCAACCUUUUAAACAGUAGAAUUCACUGAAACUAUCAAACCUAUCAAAUCGAAACAUACUGCAUAUGAUAAUUUAAUCUCUGUUAUACUUUUUAUAAUAUAUUACACUAAAAUAAGAAAAAAGGAGGAAAGAGAUAAUACGAUGUUGUAAACUUUUUAUCUUACGCUAUUGAAGUUACUAGACACCGCAAAAGUGUCUCCCAUAUCUCUCUAUUAUGCUUUACCUUUUGUAAGGAACCUUUUGUAAGAAUAAUAGAUUGUGUGUAUCUCUCUAUAUAUGCUAAAUAUGUGUAAUGGAAAAAUAUGUAACUCAUUUAUGUAUGUUAAACACACUUAGUUGUUUAAACAAUUGUCUAUUUCAGAAUGCGUGCAAACCAAAUUCUAUCAGAUAACUUUUAUUAAAUUUCUAAUUAAUUUCAGGUAUCAUUAAUUUAUUUGUACAAAUAGCGUGCAUUGCACUAAAAAUCGUCGAAUUUUGUCCGGUAUGAGAAUUACUGAGAUGCUAAUGACGUAAUAACUUUUACUUUAUCUUCGACGAAAUGACAGAUUCAGCUUUGAUAAUUAGUGAUCUUUGUAUCUCAAAGCGGCUCGAGGUAAGAUAAAAUCCAGAGACAGAGAUUUCCAAUAAAGUGGAGAUCAUAUGUUUGUUGCCGAUUUGCAUAACCAAAAGAAGAAUGCGAAUUUAUAUAAACGAUUGUAGAAUUUUACACAUUAUUAUACGAGCAUCGUGUUAGUCUUAGAGUGACCAUAAUAAUCGUCAUCACGUAGUUGGUCUUUAUAAAAUGUAUUGUUUGAACGAGAGAGGCAUAGCGAUAAAUGUGGUAUAGCACUGUUAUUUAUAGUACAUAUACAUUUAUUCCGUAUAGCAAUAUGAAGGAUACUAAGCUUUCCUAUCCUGUUCUCGAAAAUUUCGUAACAAUUUACGGUGAACCUUGGACAGAUUGCUUGUUGGGAUAUAACGCUAAGUGGAAAGUAUGAUAAAAGAAAUGGAGUGUAGAAGAAUGGUCGGGCGCCUUAUCAAUUCUGCCCAUCUGUGGCUCUUCGAAUCUACAUAUAAUAAAAUAUCGCUAUCGAAAUUAUAGCGCGGAUAUACGAGCGUCGUUUUUUAAAACAAACACUAUUAACGGGAAGACGAUUUUUUUUAAAUCCGAGAAAUAGAUUGUAAGAUGAAAUCUUACGACAGCCGAUCGACGAUGGCAUUGCUUUGCGACAAACGUUCGUUGUAAUUCUCCUUUUAUAAGAAUAGGCGUCUUUUACGCCUUCGUGAUCGUGUGAUCUCUUUAUCAUACACUGGAAGACAGAGCAAUUCAUACUCAAUAUGUAUUGGCGCACGUUGUUACGCGAGAAUUGUACUGCCCUACAUGCUUCUCGCAACGAGAUUGACAAGUCACAGUAGCUCCGGCAUAUCGCGCAUUGCGAGAUUAUUUCUUUUCGUAUUCGACGCGACGGAAAAGAUAUUGUAACACUGUAUAUAAAACUUGUAAGUACAAAAACUCGAGUUAUAAUAUUAACGAAUACCGCGAUAAGUGACGAAAGAUUCUUUACGCAGCAGGAAUAUAUACAUAUAUAUAUGUAUAUAUAUGAUGUGUGACUGUUGCCAUGAAGAUUGUCUAUGUAAUGAUAAAGAAAUAAACUUUCUAUACAA